AUGCACCUCCUCCUCCAGGCUCAACCGUCGCCCAUGACUCCAUCCUGUCGCUGCUGCGAGAAUACGACCCAGCCCGACCUGGACCCCCCAGCUGCCGUCCAUGCAUCGCACACGCUCCACUGA